AUGGCAUAUAUCGAGACCGAGACGAUUACCCUCUUCAUCCCAGUCCGUCGUCCCAUGGAUCAAGGCCUUCAUCAGCUCUCUGCCACAGCUCUUCAGGCAAAACUGACUGCUGGCGAAAUCACCAGUGUGGAUCUGAUCAAGUCAUAUUUGCGUCGUAUUGAACGAUACAACAGCCGCCUCAACUGUCUCUUAAGCAUCCGACCGCGAACGCAGCUGUUCGCUCAUGCUACUGCCCUGGAUGCCGAGCGCCGUGCGCGUCCAGGGGCCCUACGGAGCAAGCUGCAUGGUAUUCCAAUUAUCCUAAAAGAUGUUAUAGUCACAGGUCCCGAGCUGGGUAUGCCUACAACAGUAGGCUCCGCGGUAUUUGCCAGCAUGACGGCGAAACGCAACGCCCCGUUGGUAGACCUCCUACAAGAGGCCGGCAUGAUUAUCCUCGGCAAGUCCAAUAUGACGGAGUUUUGCGGUCUCAAGUCCAACAACAUCAAGUCUGGAUGGAGUACAUGUGGUGGGCAAACAAAGUCCCCGUAUAGAAGAAGAAAUUUGAGGGAAGAGGAUCAGCCCAUCACUGCAGGCUCUUCGUCGGGCUCGGCCGUAGCAGUUGCGGCCGGUCUUGCUCCUCUAUCCAUUGGAACGGAGACUUCUGCCGCGUUGGUGUACCCAGCGAGCCUAUGCGGUAUCUAUGCGUACAAAUGCGGGUAUAAGACGGUGCCAUUGGAAGGCGUGUUCAGAGUCAGCGAGAGCUACGACUGUGUUGGGUCGAUCGCAAGGGAUCCAACGGACAUUGUUACUCUAUCUGAAAUUAUGCAAAGAAAUCCCAGAUACAGCAUUUCGGCUUUACCAAAGGAUGGUCAUCUAGGGCAAGAGUUUCGCGGCCUCGCGGUGGGUGUCGUCGCAAGCACUUGGGGCGUGCAUGAGAGUCUCGUUGCUGAAAAAUGGGGAGACGCCCGAGUGAUCAAGGAGUAUGAGAAUGCUGUGUCCAAAAUGCGAGGCCGAGGGGGUCGUGUGGUAUAUCCUGUGCAAGCUCCGGAGCCCGACAGCAUAAAGUAUGGCCGGGACACCCUGAUAAGUACAUCUUAUGGUGAGUUCAGCGACCAGGUCAAAGAAUUUAUUGGUUGCUUCGAACACGCUGGCAUCGAAGAUUUGAAAGACAUUAUAGCUUGGAAUCAUGCUCAUGCCGACACGGCAUUACCACUCCCAUAUGACACGCAAACCGAGCUCAUUGCCGCUGCCAAUAGCAAGAUGCGGCCCGAAAUGCUUCAGGACAUAGUGACACGUCUCCGCCAUCUGGCUGGUGACAACGGCAUAUCAGAUAUCAUGCGUCGCAACGGAGACCUUGACAUUGUACUCUCAUCGUCAGAGUGCCAGCUUGUCACUUAUGCUGCCUGCGCGGGUUGGCCUUGUGCGACUGUGCCCCUGGGCAAUUGGAGGAAGAAUGGGCAGCCAUACGGCAUGUUUGCGUUAUCGAAGAACGGUGACGAGAAGACACUUUUGCGAUUUGUCUGUGCGUGGGGAAAGGCAUUCGAUGGCACACAGGCGCCAGAUUUGGAAAUGAUGCCGUAG